AUGGCAGAGGCUACCUCUCAACCAGCGACAGUACCCACUGUUGAAGAGCCGGUUACUGUGAAUGCCGACCAGCAGACUACAGUUUCUGUCAACAUGGUUGAACCCAUCUUUGAUCCUCAACAUGCGAUUAGAGACCCCAGGUUCGCGCCAGGUGCCCGGCAGGCCUUCUUCUCCACCAAGCUUGGUACCCAAGCCCCCCGUUCGCUAGGCCCAGUCCUUGCGCCUCCCGUCGUACGCAGUAUCAGCGACCCCGCGACUGUAGUGCAAGCAGCAAGGUACUGGCAGACAAAGUACAAGAGUGCUGAUUAUUUCAAAGACCAGUGCCUGUGUAUACUGCCUAACCAAGGCUGGAUCGUGGAGGAUCUUUGGGACAUCGUGGAUCUUCACGUAGAAGGCAGGAGAUUCUGCGAGCAGAUGCUCAAAUUCAUCAUGCGCGACACUUGGUAUGCCGCAGACAAAUUUGCCAAGGAUUGGGCGCGCAUACACCCAGAGCGAUUCGACUUUACAGGCAUCAAUAUCGGGAAUGUCUACGAUCUCAACGAUCCGCUCACAGCCAUCGAUCAGAUAUUUACGUUUGGCGAGACAGCUUCCUUUCCUCGCGUGUUCCUCUGGCAUGUCGCUUUCAUUUUGAUCUCCAAUUGGAACGACUUCAAUCAGAAAAACAACGCGGCAUUGGAAGUCAGAAAGACUCGGCAGCUUUCUGUUGUCACAGAGCAAGACACAAACGAGGCAGCGGAAUCUCUCGCCAGGGCUCCUGCAUCUGAUGUCAAGAAAGCCGGUAAGAAGAACCGUAAACACAGGCGAAGAAGAUCGGGAUAUCUAACCGCAUCGAUAGUACCCUCUGCCUCGGGUGAUCUAGCUCGCUCGACCAUCGCAGCCUUUACCCCGCCGAAUCAAACAAAAUCACAGCCUCACACACAGCACAUUGUACCGCGUGUAUCGCAGCAACCAGGUGAUCAAGUUCACCCAAGGACCAGUGGUAUAGAGUCAACGGUGGGGCCACCUACGGCGUCUCCUAACACCCGCCUGCAUGCCUCCAAUCUGCAUAGAGGUAAUCGCAACCUUGGAUCUGGAUCAUAUGGCCAAACAAAAGGAAGGGUUGAGAACGAAAGCCGCAUGGUCUCUGGGUCGUUUUCGCGACAAAAGCCCGUUCCAGUGACCGGCAUGCAACCUCAAUACGUUCCAACCCAUAUGCCUAUGGGCCCACAGAUGGCUCCGCAAAUGAUGCCCGGCUCAGCAAUGGGCUCCUAUGUUCUAGGACCACCGAUGAUGCCUCAGCCAGGAUAUCCCAUUCAGUCUGUGGAUCCCGUAAUAGCAUCGCGAGCACACAUGGGUUAUCAGCCAGAUGCUACUCGGACAUUGCAGAUGCCGCCACCUUACAUCAAUCAACCACGAGGGCCGCACGCAAUGUUGAUGGGCGACAUGACAAACAUGCACUUCCAAGGCCAAAUGAGCGCACAGGUAGUAGAAUCUCGCGCACCAAUGUCUCGCCGUCUCAACUAUGCAAACACCAACCAACUCUUUGACCCGUAUAGUGGCACCAAUCGCAAGUUUAGCAGCGUGCAAGGGUACAACGAUGCGACAAGGAAGGGGGGACCGGGCGGUUUCGUGGCUCCACAGAACCGAGGUCGCAAGAUGUCUAGCUCGGGUGGUCGUCCAGCAUACAACAGUUACAAUCCAAUGUCUUCGUCGACCUCUCACUACACAGAGUUCAGCGCUAGACGUCGUGUGUCAGAGGAUGAUCCAAAUAUCACUGGCGACACCGUCUUCGGCUGUGGUCAUACAUGGAUUGGGCCCAAGAACGCUACAGUCAACGAGCUUUGGAUUGGAGACCUGCCGCAUGAUGUUCUGGAAAGUGAGCUUUUGCAGAUGUUCGAACAGAUGGUCAAGAUAACUUCUGUCUCAAUUUCCCUGAGGAGCAAUGCGACAAAAGGGCCUUUCCAUGCUUUCGCUACCAGAUUUGCAUCACACUCAGAUACGAAAACUGCUCUGACAAUCAUCCACCUAAAUCCUCGGCUGAGAAACGGUGAAGUUAGGCCCGCGAUUUCAGUACCAAGGAGGUUCUAUCAGAAAGAGUUGCCUGUAACAGCAUUCUUUGACCACUCACGCGCUGGUCAGGCGACUAACAGCCAUACUCGUGUCGUUACAAACAUAUCCUUUGAUGAGAAGAAAGAUGCUCGCGAUUUCAAUGACACAAAGGAUACCACAGGUGGAAUGGUUCUAUAUUCUCCUCAGGAUGCUAGAAGCGGCCUGCCGAAGAAGCCUCCUGCGCAAUCAGAAACCAUGCGUCAGUUAGAGGCUGGAAGUCCUGAACAUGAGAAGUCAAAGCGCCCUCAAAAGUCACCAGCCAAGAAAGGCAAAGGCAAAAACAAGCGUGAUUCGCCGGCUGGGAAAGAGGGCUCUGUAAGUGACAAAGCAAACGCUGAUGGCAAGCUGACAAUCGAUGUCUUCCCAACAACUUCCAUAAGAGAGCAUCAGGACAAUGGAGCAGCUGAUGCAAAUGUCGACGACACAUCUUCAACUGAAGUCCAGGUUGUAUUAGCGACGAAUACUAUGCUAGAUGUUGGUCAUGCCCCAGAUGAUGGGCAAGAGUUGGAUGCGCAGCCGGGCGAACAGCCUACCCAAUCAGAUGAUCCGAAAGACAAAGGAGAGCUACUUAUUGUGACUCUCCCUCAAACUGACCAUUUUGACCCGGAGGUUUGUCUUGAGAAAACGCCGUCACCAGUUGCACAGGAUAUUCCUAGUACUACAUCAGCUACUCAAGCAGACAAAGAGGAUGAUGACAAUCUCCCUCAACUAUUCGUGGAGGAUGCACCACCAUUGACGGCUGGAGAGCAGACCUCUGAUGAUGAAGGGAAGAAUGACAACAGUUUUCACUCCGCUCCAGAAGUGCAGCCUGAGGCAAUACAAGUGGAGACAGAAGCAGAAGUUCGGGACGAAGGCGUAUCUGCAAACCAAGAGAGCCCAGAAUCUCCGGUCGUAGUCUCGAUCGUAGCUGAAGAGCUCGACUUGGACACUGAUCGAGCAUUGUACACACAGCCCGAAGAACCAGCGCCUGCAUCUUCAGACGCGGAGGCUAAGCCGGAAGACGCCAAACCCGAAGAUAACUAUCAACAGGAUAGCCCAGUAGCUUCAGUUGCAGCACACGAAGAGGCCAGUUCUGCGACAAAGGAUGCAAUGAUGUCGGCUCCCAUCGAUAUGACCAAGAAGGGUGGAGCCCAGCACAUGCAAUCUCUGCACCCGUUCGCGACGAAGAACAAGGCCCAGGCAAAGAAGGAGAGAGAAAUCAAGAGAAAGCAACAGAAGAAAGAAGAAGCUGACAGAAUCGCCAAGGCCAAAGCCGACAAGGCCAGCAAGGUUGCAUGCUCAAAGAAAGCGAAGAAAGACGUGGACUUCCAGGCAAAAGAUGAGGCCUCUGUCAGCCCGGGCCCUUCAAGCAUGGCUGUAGAUGCAUCUUCCGAUCAGGAGGUAUCCAUGACGAACACAGAGGAACGUAUUCAUGAGAUGAAGAAGUCCAAAACCAAGCCCAAGGCUCAGCCUGCCGACCCUAGCACGGAGAACCAGAAGAAGGAAACCCGUGCUGAAGAGAUGAACAGACCUGCACGAGACACUCCCGAGGAUGUUUCCUCGGUAACUCAAGCCGGGGACAAAGUAAAAGCUGAGGAGGCCUCCGGAGUCAAAAAGAACUCCCGUUCUCCCCUGUCGGGACCUACUUCCACUGUUGCACAGGAGGUUGUCUUCCUCAAAACCCACCCUGAUCGGGAAGUAGAUAAUCCUCGCGACGAUUCUCCUACCACAACAACUCAGAAGCCAGACUGCGAAGCAGUCUGGGUCAUCGUGUCAGCCCAAUCUCUACCCACUGGAGCAACACCAACUGCAAGCUAUCCAAGCUCUCCACAGCAUAUGAGUAAAAUCCCCGGCCAAUAUCUCUCGCGGACUUCGUCUGUUUCAACACUGGCCGCAGAAGCCCCUAGCGCACCAACUAAUAAUUCCUCUGUUCCCAAUGAUGCCACUGGUACUGCAGAUACUACCCAAGGCACGUACACUGGAACGACUGCCACCAAUUCCGACACUGCACCUAUUGAGACUCCCAAAAAGAAGAAAAAGAGAAAGAACAGGAAGAAGAAAGCUUCUACUGUGGAACCUGGCAACUCCAACCAAUCUGAGAUGGGUGCAAAACCCUCUAAUAUUGUUUCCGGAGGCCAUGAAGAGGACUUGCAAGGUGGUGACCCUUUCGGCCCACAACUCAGCCACAUUGAUACCAUCCGUCGUGCUGUCAAGAAAGACACCGCAUCCCAUCUUGCACGUACCAUUGCACGGCUCGAAAAGGAAGCUGAGGAGCGAGAGGUGGCUGGUAUAUGA